AUGGCAUGGCUGCCUGACACAUUGGCCCCCAAGCCAGACGCGGAGGACCACGUCGGCGCCACUCUUGAAAUGGUGCCAUGUUGGGCAAAACCUUACAGGAUAGGCGCCAAAUCAACACGUCCACGCUGCAUGGUCGCCAACCAAGGAUGGCGAUAUUGCGGGAAUGCUCCUAAGCACCCCGGCCCUGAAGGAAAAAGCAAGUCUUAUCACCAGCUUCCGGUAUGGCGCAGACGGGAGUGGAUGUCGAGUUGCCGCCCGAUACAUGGGGGAGAGACUGGGGUAAGCGAAGAUUGGGGGCCAGAAUCCAAAAGACACGAUACGAGCGAGGCAUGUGCCGGGCCCGGCGCAAGCCCCUUGCACUGCCAGGGAGGCGUGCAAGGCGGGAGGAGUAGUGUUUUGGAAAGGGUAAAAGCAAAGCCGUCGGUCGAAGCCAAUAUCACAGAUGGAGCCCAGGGAUGCGAUGGAGAGGCCAAGUGCAGACAAAGACAUGUUUGCUUUGUCCUCGCUUGCCAGUUGGUCCUGGCCUUGCAGGGUCUGGUCGGCCCCGGGCCCGGGCCCGGCUCGUCCACGCAUCUGGGGAUGAGACGGCGCUUCCUUGCAACGCACGCCAGCGCCCAAACAUGGUUUCGGUACCACAAGAAUGGGCAAGCUUUAGCGAUGGCAAUGGCAAUCGAGGCAAAGGCUAGCAAUGUAGACGUGCCAGCGCCUUUGGCGGCCCUUGCAUACUUGGGGCCUGCCAGCGUUAGGGGCCUGCUUGGGGAGGUUUCAGAAGAGACAUGUUUGCGAACCCGAACUCUGAUUGCGAAGCCGGCGUCGAUCGUGGUUGGAUGCGUCUUAGACGUGUGUGUACAAGUGCAUGGGCGCGUCAUCUUCCUUGCCAUGUGUCGGUCCGGGCCAACUCAAUCGUGUGCGUGUGCGCGUGCGUGUGCGUGUGCUCUCACCUCCCCUGGGCAUGGGAGGUGGCCACAUGAUGAGGCUCUGUGGAGGACAUGGAUAGAGAGAGAUGGGUGGUUAGUGUCGUUGGUGGUGCAGGCAGAUAGAUGGGCGUGGGAGUGGGCGGCCAAAGUCGUACGUUUAUCGGGCGUGCUUGUCCACGCUUGGCUCUUCCCUUCAUAUGUCUCGCAGCCAUGGUGUCGCUCCGCUUGCACUCAUGGAGCGCGGGAAGGAUCAGCGACCCAUUUGGCCGGGUCUUGCCCUCGCUCUUCUGGGUCGGUGGCUUGGCUGCGGGGUCACUUGCCUUUGGCGAGCCCGAAACCCACCACCAAACUUUGGCCCAUCGGCCCAUCCACGCUCACGGUGGCUUUGAACGGCCCAUGUGUCUAA